AAAUUGCUUCAUGCUCUGGAAAUGUAAUGUUUAGUUCUGUUCUCGAAUCGCUUCGUUUUGUUAAUCUUCCUUCUUAUUGUUGAUGCUUUCGCUUGUUUAUUUCCCCCUGGUGAUGGAUUGUUCAUGGUAGUCGAAUCCAUGCGGCCAAUGGAUGAUUAAUAUCUCUUUUUGGCGUCUUGUAAUUGACAUGGCGUCUGCUGAAAUGGGUAUAAGUUAUCAUAUCAUAAAGCUUAGAACUUUCUCUGUAGGAAUAGCCAUUAAAGGGAUGACUAAGAAAGUAUUGAACUUUACAUGUUUUGUGUUGAUGGAACUCUGUUUGGCAGCUAUCUAGUGAUUUUGUCUAUUCCUUUGCAGUCAGCAAUGGCCAUUACUUAAUAGUUUGGUCGGUAGAGAGUCAUAAUUCAUGGAGAAUCAGGCUAUUGAAAGCCUGGAACAAGAAGAAGAGGAAUUGAAUUUGGGAAUGCUAGGUUUGUACGAAGGGAAUGUGAGGGUGUUGCGGGAUGAUGAAGAGUCUGCUGCAGAAGAAAUCAUGUUGUUAUGGGGAAUCCAACAGCCCACUUUCUCCAAACCGAAUGCUUAUGUUGCUCAGUCUUCGCUCCAACUCAGCCUUGAUGCUUGUGGUCACUCCCUCUCCAUUUUGCAGUCUCCUUCUUCACUGGGUACACCGGGAGUAACAGGCUCAGUUAUGUGGGAUAGUGGCAUUGUAUUAGGCAAGUUCUUGGAACAUGCGGUUGAUUCGAAGAUGCUUGUUCUUCAAGGAAAGAAGGCUAUCGAGUUGGGUUCAGGCUGUGGAUUGGUAGGCUGCAUAGCAUCUCUUUUGGGUGCUGAAGUUAUACUCACUGAUCUCCCUGAUCGACUGAGACUGCUCAAAAAGAAUGUAGAAAGCAAUUUGGGACAUGAACACCUACGUGGCUCUGCAGUCGUGGAGGAGCUUACUUGGGGUGACGAACCUGAUCGGUGCAUGACUCAACCUUUACCUGAUUAUGUUGUGGGAUCAGACGUGGUGUAUAGCGAAGGGGCGGUGGUUGAUUUGAUAGACACACUCCUAAAGCUCUGUGGAUCCGAAACGACAGUAUGCAUAGCCGGGGAGCUCAGGAACGAUGCAGUGUUGGAGUACUUCUUGGAGGAAGCCAUGAAGGUGUUCAAGGUUGGGCGUGUCGAGCAGUCGGAGUGGCAUCCUGACUAUCACAGCCCUCGUGUUGUGAUGUAUAUUAUGGUGAGGAAGUAGCAGAGUUAUUUGGGAGAGAGCCAAGAAGCAGCUUCCUGAGAUCAUUAUUACAGUUGGUUUCUUCUCCUCUAUCACAGAUUUAGUCAGCAAUGGAACUUUUAUGAUUCGGGAUUUCACCCCAAUAACUGGGUGUUAACUACAAGUACCUAUGGUUAUUUGAGUAGUCUAUGUAUGUAUGAACAUCGGUUUCAAGUGCUGCUGUAACAG